GAUCUGCUAACAAUAUUGGUCAAAACCAAAAAAAAAAAACAUUAACCUUUUACCCACAGUACCAAAAAAGCCCCUUUCAGACACUGCAUCUUCUUCUUCCUCCUCGAUAGUCAAUCAAUGUCGUAGUGUCCGAAAAAAGAAUUAAAACCUUUUCCUCUGUAUGAAAUUCCUUUGUAUUCUAAAUUCACAAAUUUCAAUUUGCACCCCCAAAAAAAAAAAAUCCAUCAUAUUCUUUCUCAGUAAUCACACUCACAGUUUGUGUAGAAAUCCAUGAAUAUUGACUAUAAUCCAAUCGCAAAAAAAUGCAACCCAAAACCCCAUCCCUAGCUCCAGCUCUGACCCUCUUCCCAAAUCUCAAGCCUCCUCACAAAACCCUACUGUUCCAUCAAAUUCUAGUCCUAACCAUCACAUUCUUCGCCUAUGCUUCUUUCCACGCCUCUCGUAAACCCCCAAGCAUCGUCAAGAGCGUGCUUGGUCCCACACUCGAAACCAACAAUUCGACCUCCAUUGAUACCGGUUGGGCCCCAUUUGAUGGGCCUCAAGGGACCCACAGGCUCGGCGAGGUCGACCUCGCGUUCCUGUCUUCCUAUUCGAUAGGAAUGUAUUUCGCCGGCCAUUUGGGUGAUCGAAUGGAUUUGAGGCUGUUCCUUGUGUUUGGGAUGAUGGGAAGUGGUGUUUUUACAAUGGUUUUUGGAUUUGGGUAUUGGUUGGAUUUGCAUUUGUUGGGUUUUUUCGUUGGGGUUCAGAUUGUUUGUGGUUUGUUUCAGUCAAUUGGGUGGCCUUGUGUGGUGGCAAUUGUGGGGAAUUGGUUUGGGAAAUCUAAGAGGGGUUUGAUCAUGGGGGUUUGGAAUUCACAUACCUCGGUUGGGAACAUUAUUGGUUCGGUUGUUGCUUCCGGGGUUUUGGAAUUCGGGUGGGGUUGGUCUUUUUUGGUGCCUGGUUUGUUGGUGAUUGUGGUUGGGAUUUUGGUGUUUAUGUUUCUUGUUGUGAGUCCUGAGGACUUGGGGUUAGAGUGUCCUGGAAUGGAGGUUGAGAUGAAUGUGGAGGUGAAUGGGGAUUCGGAGAGAGUGGUGUCGGAGGAAGCGGGGCUUUUGGGAAAUGAGAGUUUGGAUACUUUGUCGUCUGCAAUUGGUUUUUUGGAGGCAUGGAGGCUGCCGGGUGUGGCGCCUUUUGCUUUCUGCCUUUUCUUCUCGAAGCUGGUGGCUUACACUUUUCUGUAUUGGUUGCCCUUCUACAUUAGGCAUACAGCUGUUGCUGGUGUGUAUUUGUCACACAAAUCUGCUGGGAUCCUCUCAACAAUUUUCGAUAUUGGAGGGGUCUUUGGUGGAAUUUUGGCAGGAUACAUAUCUGAUUUGAUUGAUGCUCGUGCGGUUACUUCAAUCUCAUUCUUGUUACUAUCAAUUCCAGCCCUUGUUUUCUACCGUGUAUAUGGAGGCCUCUCUAUGUUUGCCAACAUUGGAUUGAUGUUUCUUUCUGGAUUGCUUGUAAAUGGUCCAUACUCACUCAUUACAACGGCUGUUGCUGCCGAUCUUGGUACCCAGAGUUUUGUUAGAGGGAAUUCCCGAGCAUUAGCUACUGUAACUGCUAUUAUAGAUGGUACUGGUUCUGUAGGGGCAGCGCUUGGUCCACUAUUGGCUGGGUAUAUUUCCUCUAGAGGAUGGAACAGCGUCUUUUUUAUGCUUAUUCUUGCUAUUUUCUUUGCGAUUUUGUUCUUGAUUCGUGUUGCAAGAACUGAGAUUAAAGGGAAAUUGAAUGAGGGAAAAUGGUUUUGGAACAGCAUAAGCUCACAUUGAUUGUGAAUUUCUUUGAGGCAUGAAUCAUGUUUCUUAUUGUACCUUUAUAGGAGGGAAGAGUGUAUUUCACAUAGGAAACAACACAUAGAUAGAGAAGUUACUUGAGUGAUCAUACAUGUACGUCUUUCUUGUAUCUCAUUCUUUAUUCAUAGAUAGUGUUUAUACAUGUACAAGAACUACUUAUCCAGAUAGAGUAUUUUUUCCA